AACCCCUUGACAACCCUCUAUUCUCUCCACAACUCUCUCUCAAAUAUUCCCAAACUAAUUCCCUCAAAACUAACUUUCUUCAAAAACCAAAAGAAAAAGGAGAUGGGUGUUGGAAAAUCAAACAAAAUGCCCCAGACCGCAGUCCUCAAACAAAUCCUCAAGAGAUGUUCGAGCCUCGGCAAGAAACACGGCUGCGACAAUCUCUCCGGCCUCCCGGUCGACGUGCCCAAAGGCCACUUUGCAGUCUACGUCGGAGAGAACCGGAGCCGAUACAUUGUGCCCAUUUCGUUUCUCACACACCCCCAGUUUCAGUGCCUCCUCCAACAAGCUGAAGAUGAGUUCGGAUUUGUGCAUGACAUGGGACUCACCAUUCCAUGUGAACAAGUCGUUUUCGAGUCCUUGACCUCAAUGCUCCGAUGCUGAUCUUUUUUGCUUAUUAUUUUUAUCGCUUGAUAAUUCAUGGAUGGUUCGAUUUGUUGAACGAGGAAGAUGGUCAAGAAGAAGCAGCUGCUGCUUCUCUUUUUUUAACAUCUUUCCUCGUUUUGGUUUGGUCUUGAAGCUGUCGUUAGUGUUUUUUUUUUUUUUGGAAUUCAGUGAUGACUCUAACCCAACACUCAUAGACUUUUUGAGGGUUAGAUUAAUUUGUAUAUCUUCCUCGUCAUAUAUAGAGGUGUUAAUUAGCUAUGCCCUGUGAGUGGAACUUAAUGUUAAUGAAAGAUGGCUCAGUGCCAUAAUUUGUUCAA